CGAACAAAGGCAUUCCAGUUUCCCACUAAGAGGGUAUAUAAGGAGCCACUCUCUCGCUGCCAAUUUAUUGUAUUGAGAGCAGCGCACUUGAACAGAGAUAAAAAAAGUAAAUUUAAUUUUUGAAUAAAAUAUAUAAAAAGAAUACUGACAAAGUAAAGAAACAAAAUGCAGAUCUUCGUGAAGACUUUAACUGGCAAAACCAUUACCUUGGAGGUGGAGCCUUCAGAUACUAUUGAAAACGUUAAAGCUAAAAUUCAGGACAAAGAAGGCAUUCCUCCAGACCAACAAAGACUAAUCUUUGCUGGUAAGCAGCUUGAAGAUGGACGCACAUUAUCAGAUUAUAAUAUCCAGAAAGAAUCAACACUUCAUUUGGUCCUUCGUCUAAGAGGAGGUAUGCAGAUUUUUGUUAAAACAUUGACUGGAAAGACCAUCACAUUGGAAGUUGAACCUUCCGACACUAUCGAAAACGUCAAAGCUAAAAUUCAAGACAAGGAAGGUAUUCCUCCAGAUCAACAGCGUUUGAUCUUCGCCGGCAAGCAGUUGGAAGAUGGUCGUACAUUGUCUGACUACAACAUCCAGAAAGAAUCUACAUUGCAUUUGGUAUUGCGUCUGCGUGGUGGUAUGCAAAUCUUCGUAAAGACCCUGACUGGCAAAACCAUCACCUUAGAAGUAGAACCUUCUGACACCAUCGAAAACGUCAAAGCUAAAAUUCAAGACAAAGAAGGUAUUCCUCCAGAUCAACAACGUUUGAUCUUUGCCGGCAAGCAGUUGGAAGAUGGUCGUACAUUGUCUGACUACAACAUCCAGAAAGAAUCUACUUUGCAUUUGGUAUUGCGUCUGCGUGGUGGUAUGCAAAUCUUCGUAAAGACCUUGACUGGCAAAACUAUCACCUUAGAAGUAGAACCUUCUGACACCAUCGAAAACGUCAAAGCUAAAAUUCAAGACAAAGAAGGUAUUCCUCCAGAUCAACAACGUUUGAUCUUUGCCGGCAAGCAGUUGGAAGAUGGUCGUACAUUGUCUGACUAUAACAUCCAGAAAGAAUCUACUUUGCAUUUGGUCUUGCGUCUGCGUGGAGGUAUGCAAAUUUUCGUAAAAACCUUGACUGGCAAAACUAUCACCUUGGAAGUUGAACCUUCCGACACUAUCGAAAACGUCAAAGCUAAAAUUCAAGACAAGGAAGGUAUUCCUCCAGAUCAGCAGCGUUUGAUCUUCGCCGGCAAGCAGUUGGAAGAUGGUCGUACAUUGUCUGACUACAACAUCCAAAAAGAAUCUACUUUGCAUUUGGUCUUGCGUCUGCGUGGUGGUAUGCAAAUCUUCGUGAAGACCCUGACUGGCAAAACCAUCACCUUAGAAGUAGAACCUUCUGACACCAUCGAAAACGUCAAAGCUAAAAUUCAAGACAAGGAAGGUAUUCCUCCAGAUCAGCAGCGUUUGAUCUUCGCCGGCAAGCAGUUGGAAGAUGGUCGUACAUUGUCUGACUACAACAUCCAAAAAGAAUCUACUUUGCAUUUGGUCUUGCGUCUGCGUGGUGGUAUGCAAAUCUUCGUAAAGACCCUGACUGGCAAAACCAUCACAUUGGAAGUUGAACCUUCCGAUACUAUUGAAAACGUCAAGGCCAAGAUCCAGGACAAGGAAGGUAUUCCUCCAGAUCAACAACGUUUGAUCUUCGCCGGCAAGCAGUUGGAAGAUGGUCGUACAUUGUCUGACUAUAACAUCCAGAAAGAAUCUACUUUGCAUUUGGUCUUGCGUCUGCGUGGAGGUAUGCAAAUUUUCGUAAAAACCUUGACUGGCAAAACUAUCACCUUGGAAGUUGAACCUUCCGACACUAUCGAAAACGUCAAAGCUAAAAUUCAAGACAAGGAAGGUAUUCCUCCAGAUCAGCAGCGUUUGAUCUUCGCCGGCAAGCAGUUGGAAGAUGGUCGUACAUUGUCUGACUAUAACAUCCAGAAAGAAUCUACUUUGCAUUUGGUCUUGCGUCUGCGUGGAGGUAUGCAAAUUUUCGUAAAAACCUUGACUGGCAAAACUAUCACCUUGGAAGUUGAACCUUCCGACACUAUCGAAAACGUCAAAGCUAAAAUUCAAGACAAGGAAGGUAUUCCUCCAGAUCAGCAGCGUUUGAUCUUCGCCGGCAAGCAGUUGGAAGAUGGUCGUACAUUAUCUGACUACAACAUCCAGAAAGAAUCUACUUUGCAUUUGGUCUUGCGUCUGCGUGGUGGUAUGCAAAUCUUCGUAAAGACCUUGACUGGCAAAACCAUCACCUUAGAAGUUGAACCUUCUGACACCAUCGAAAACGUCAAAGCUAAAAUUCAAGACAAGGAAGGUAUUCCUCCAGAUCAGCAGCGUUUGAUCUUCGCCGGCAAGCAGUUGGAAGAUGGUCGUACAUUGUCUGACUACAACAUCCAAAAAGAAUCUACUUUGCAUUUGGUCUUGCGUCUGCGUGGUGGUAUGCAAAUCUUCGUGAAGACCCUGACUGGCAAAACCAUCACCUUAGAAGUAGAACCUUCUGACACCAUCGAAAACGUCAAAGCUAAAAUUCAAGACAAGGAAGGUAUUCCUCCAGAUCAGCAGCGUUUGAUCUUCGCCGGCAAGCAGUUGGAAGAUGGUCGUACAUUGUCUGACUAUAACAUCCAGAAAGAAUCUACUUUGCAUUUGGUCUUGCGUCUGCGUGGUGGUAUGCAAAUCUUCGUAAAGACCCUGACUGGCAAAACCAUCACAUUGGAAGUUGAACCUUCCGAUACUAUUGAAAACGUCAAGGCCAAGAUCCAGGACAAGGAAGGUAUUCCUCCAGAUCAGCAGCGUUUGAUCUUCGCCGGCAAGCAGUUGGAAGAUGGUCGUACAUUGUCUGACUAUAACAUCCAGAAAGAAUCUACUUUGCAUUUGGUCUUGCGUCUGCGUGGAGGUAUGCAAAUUUUCGUAAAAACCUUGACUGGCAAAACUAUCACCUUGGAAGUUGAACCUUCCGACACUAUCGAAAACGUCAAAGCUAAAAUUCAAGACAAGGAAGGUAUUCCUCCAGAUCAGCAGCGUUUGAUCUUCGCCGGCAAGCAGUUGGAAGAUGGUCGUACAUUAUCUGACUACAACAUCCAGAAAGAAUCUACUUUGCAUUUGGUCUUGCGUCUGCGUGGUGGUAUGCAAAUCUUCGUAAAGACCUUGACUGGCAAAACCAUCACCUUAGAAGUUGAACCUUCUGAUACCAUCGAGAACGUUAAAGCCAAGAUCCAGGACAAGGAAGGUAUUCCACCAGAUCAACAACGUUUGAUUUUUGCUGGCAAACAAUUGGAGGACGGACGCACGCUUUCCGACUAUAACAUCCAGAAGGAAUCUACACUCCAUUUGGUUCUUCGUCUUCGCGGAGGCUCUCUAAAUUAAGCGCGUGAUAAAAGAGAAUUGAUAUUUUUCAUUGAUGUUAAAAUUAAAAGGUCAACUAAAAUAUGUCUCAAAAAUUCAGUACGAGUGCUUUCGAACGUUUUUACUCAGAUAGAUGAAAUAUCUCAAUUUUUCUUGAAUAAAAAUUAAUUUUGAAAAUAAAUAAAAUAAAACACGA